AGGUAAUUAAUCUCUACGCUUCUCUCUCUACAAUUACUCCUUGAGAGUCUCUCUCUACAAUUACUCCUUGAGAGUCUCUCUCUCUAGAAUAUUGAGUAUUGCUGACUUGAGCGUCGGAGUGUUUUUCCCUAGGAAACAUCCUUGGGAUUUUCAGGUGUAGAAGCAGCUAAGGACUUCAACGGUGUUGGACUGUGAAGCUGCCCAAACAUUUGGCACCGUCUGUGGGAACCUGAACAAGAAGUUGUGUAGCUUAACCUGCUGAAAGACAAAAUGGUUCGUACUUUCACAGGAGGUCGCCCCCCAAGAAAUGAGAUGGACGAACAGGAGGACGCCCAAGUAUCUGAGCCCGGGUUGAAUGACUUUAGGCCAAUGCCAAGAAACCUCUUCGUCGGGGGAGCCGAACAAGAUCACCUAAGUGAAACAGAUGACAAAAGAACACUGACUGGGUAUGCAACCCAACCUGAACAGUUCCAAGUUCCAACAGGAACAAGACAAAGACCUUCUAGACCACACAAUUCACAACAUGAACGACCUGAAAGGUCAGCAGAACCUGCUCGGACAACCGAGCUCGAAGAGAGAACCAGAGUUCUCGAAAUGGCAAUGGGUAAAAUCCUUGCCCGUCUGAGUCCUGAUGACCCCCUGAUUCCUUUGUUGAACAAGGAUGCACAACCAGCUGCGAGGUCUAUUGACGAGCUGAAGAGUCCCAGGUCGCACCAACAGACUCUUGAUUUGGAUAAUGCCCCUUUAAACCUAUCCAUCACAGCAGAGCCAUAUCAAGAGGGAUUUAAGAUUCCCCACCUGGAGACAUAUGAUGGCUCGGGUGACCCUGAUGAACAUCUGCAUACCUAUCAAGCCAUCAUGAGAAUCCAAAAUGCCAAUGAUGCCAUGAUGUGCAAAGUGUUCCCUGCAACACUUAAGUCAACCGCUAGGAGAUGGGAGAUUAAACGCACGGCGAUCGAGCUGAUGCAAGUUCAUCAAAAAGAAGGGGAAUCUUUAAGGGACUAUAUGCAGCGAUUUAACAAAGUGACGUUAGACAUUGAUAAUGUCCCUGAUACCAUCUGCUUGUCUGCCUUGCUGCAUGGUUUGAAGCGUGGUCGGUUCCUAGACGACCUGUUGGAAAACCCGCCGAAGACGUGGAACGAAGUAAAUGACAGGUCUCAAAUCCUUGCGCAAAUACAACACUGGGUUAGAAGACCCUCACCCCCACUGUACGAGUCCCCAAGGGCAGAUAAGAGCAAGCAUUGUGACUAUCAUCGUACUUAUGGUCACAACACAGAAGACUGUCAACACCUGAAAGACGAGCUGGAGUUCCUAGCUCGCAAUGGAAAGUUUGAAGGAUAUGUUCAGAAGCCCCACGCCCAGCAACCCACUCAAACUCAUUUUGUACAGGGGUACGACCGACCUCAGGGGCAGAGAUACCAGCUUGGCGGGGGACAGGAUGUAUAUCAGGAUAACCAGUAUCCUUCUGAGCAGGGCAGGGCGUACAAAGGACGUCAGUUCAACAGGAGAGGGCAGGGACAAAGAGCUGCUGCCCAGAACCAAAAAGAUAGGAAAGGGGUAGGUUAUGCUGGAAUACCCCCGCCCUCAGGUACAAUAAAUAUGAUAUCAAGUGGUGUUCACUCCGGAGGCCAAAGCGCCCGGGGUCGCAAAGCAUAUGCACGUCAAGUGAUGACAGUUAACAAAAACAGGCCUUUGAAACGCCCGUUUGAAGAAGCAGAGUGGGAAAAUGCACCCAUCACAUUCAGCCCGGUAGACUAUGAGCGAACAAAAGGAGAGCCCGACGUUAUGAUGCUACACGCAUAUCCUUUUGUGGCAACGGUACAUAUAGGCAACCAUAACGUCAAUAAGGUCUUCAUUGAUACGAGCAGCUCACCGGAUAUCCUGUAUUGGAGCUGCUUUCAGAAAAUGCAGCUGAAUCCGAGCUCACUGCAGAAACACGAAGGGCCUAUAUACGGGUUUGACAAUCAGCCCGUCCUGGUUGAAGGAAUCAUUACCCUUCCCAUUUAUGUGGGCUCGGAACCACGCUUCAUGAUGGCUUCCGUCACCUUCCUGGUCGUCAAGAUGGAAUCAGCUUUCAAUGCUAUAUUAGGACGAGCCACCCUGUGCAAGCUGAAGGCGGUUAUCUCUCAACCCCAUCUCUGUAUGAAAUUCCCAACUCCCCAGGGGGUAGGAGUGCUUAAAGGAAAUCAGAAAAUGGCCAGAGCCUGCUAUCAAGAUACGUUCAAGAAGAUCGGCACCAAGCUCACAGAAAAGGAACGUGCAGAGCUUCUGGAGUUUUUGAGGAUUAAUCAGGAUGUGUUUGCGUGGACUACGGAUGAAAUGCUUGGUAUCCCAGCAGAGUUGACAGUCCACAAGCUUAGUACGGACCCCACCAGAAGGCCAGUGGCGGGCUUCAUCAGAAGAGUGGAGUACUCUGAAUGGGUGUCCAACCCCGUGCUUGUCAAAAAACCGAAUGGCAAGUGGAGGAUGUGUAUUGAUUUCACCAACCUAAAUGACGCAUGCCCAAAAGACCCUCACCCACUGCCAAAUGUCGAAAAGCUAGUCGAGCGGGCAGCUGGACACGAAUGGAUGAGCUUUCUUGAUGCUAGUUCAGGUUAUCACCAGGUCCAACUGUUAUUAGACGACCAGGAGAAAACAGCUUUUUAUGCCGGUGACGCAAUCUACUGCUAUGUGAUGAUGUCGUUUGGCUUGAAGAAUGCUGGUGCAACAUAUCAGAAACUGGUGCAAAUUGUUUUUAAGCUCCAGAUCGGCAGAAACAUAGAAGUAUACGUGAAUGACAUGAUAGUCACCAGUCUAAACCCUCUCAAAUGCACAUUUGCUGUAGAGUCAGGAAAAUUCCUAGGGUACGUGGUAUCCAAGAAAGGAAUUGAAGUGAAUCUGGAGAAGGUUCAGGCCGUUCGGCAGAUGGAGCCGCCCAAGACUGUCAAGGAUGUACAGCGGUUGACGGGCCGCGUAGCUGCGCUGCAUAGGUUCAUAGCCAGGUCGGCGGAAAAAUGCCUCCACUUCUUCAAGGCCUUACGAGAGCCUAAGAACUUUCCAUGGACUGCUGAGUGUCAGAAGGCGUUUGACGAGCUCAAACAAUAUCUGGCAUCAGCACCCCUGCUGUCCAAGCCUGUGGAAGGGGAGAGUUUAUACAUGUACUUGGGGGUUACAGAAGAGGCAGUGAGCUCAGUUCUGCUCAGGGAGGAGAAUAAGAAUCAGAAGCCUAUCUGCUAUGUGAGCAAAGUUUUACAAGGUGCCGAGCAGAAAUACCCACUAGUAGAAAAGGCUUUUUUUGCUUUGGUCUGCGCAGCUCGUAAGCUGAGAGCUUACUUUCAGUCUCAUCAAAUUGUUGUCUAUACUGAUUUUCCGCUGAGGAAGAUAUUACAGAAGCCAAAACUCUCAGGCCGGCUUAUCGGAUGGAGCGUCGAGCUGAGUGAGUACGACCUCAAAUUUCAGCCGCGCACGACUAUAAAAGGCCAGGUUGUGGCAGAUUUCUUGGUGGAAUGCAUCUCGACGACUGUGAAAGAAAAGACACCAGAACACCCAGUCUGGGUUUUGUAUGUAGACAGAGCUGCAAAUGUUGAAGGAUCGGGUGCUGGAGCUGUGUUGCUGGGUCCUGAUGGUUUUAAAUCCGAGCAUGCGCUGAGGUUCAAGUUCCAGACGACUAACAAUGCUGCAGAAUAUGAAGCACUCAUUUAUGGUCUGAAACUAGCAUCUGAGCUGAAGGUACAGAGCAUUCAGAUUUUUAAUGAUUCUCAGCUCGUUGUAUGCCAGCUCUACAAACGAGCAGCUUCAAUGCCCCUACUAUGCUGCCUUACUCCUUACGAAGCUGAAUACGCUGUGAGGGAAGUUCACGAAGGAGUAUGUGGCAUGCACAUCGGUGGCAAAACUUUAGCUCGGAAACUCCUGAGGCAUGGUUAUUACUGGCCCAUUAUGGUCGAGGAUGCGCAGAACUAUGUCAAAAAAUGUCCGACCUGCCAGUUCAAUGCUGAUGAUAUACACAUGUUAGGGAAAAUGCUAUCAUCUCUCACGUCUCCCUGGCCCUUUGCUCAAUGGGGUGUCGACUUGCUCGGCCCUUUCAUCAAAGGCAAAGGAGGUUUUACUUUCCUAGUCGUUGCAGUGGAUUACUUCACUAAGUGGAUAGAAGCUAAACCAUUUUCCACGACAAUAGAAAGGAAAAUAAAAGAAUUCUUGUUCAAUUCAAUAUUGUGCAGGUUCGGCAUACCUAAGCGGAUUAUUGCUGACAAUGGGCCACAGUUCCGAGCAGCAGCACUAAGAUCGUUUUGUAACGACUAUGGCAUUGAGCUCGCCUUGACAUCCGUGUAUACUCCACAGUCUAACGGACAAGCUGAGUCCGCCAAUAAAAUUGUCUUGCGAGGCCUCAAGACACGUGUUUUAGCUGCACAUUCUAAUUGGGUUGACGAGCUCAAUAAAGUGCUCUGGUCUUGUCGUACUACACCCAGCUCGGCCACGGGCGAAACCCCUUUCAGCCUGGCCUAUGGAGCUGAGGCCGUCAUCCCAGUAGAGGUUGGAUUGCCAUCUGAUCGAGCAGGCUGGCAUGACGAUCUCAACAACGAGCAACUGUUGAGAGAAAACCUAGACUUCGUGGAAGAGUUUCAAGUCGGCGAUCUGGUUCUACGCAAAGCUGGAUUGACGAAUGCUUACUUGCACAUGGGCAAGCUCGCGCCUAAUUGGGAAGGACCUUAUAUGGUUAUUUCUAUUCAACGACCUAGGUCUUACCGGUUAGCAGAUUUACAAGGUCAUCCAUUACCGUUCAUUUGGAACAUACAUAACCUUAGAAAGUUUUACAGUUAAGAGUUAGCUUUACAGUUAAUAUGUAUGUUAUUAGCGUUCAGGUCGUCAUGGAUCAGUUGUAAAUGGCAUUUCAUAAAGAAAUCAACACACA